UCAAUUUUUUUUUUUGAUAAAUUAAAUGUCAAUUGACUUACAACUAAUCAAAUGAGACAACUAUUGAGACAAUUAUUAACAAAAAACUAUCAAUGUCUGUCAUAUUUUGUGGCUUUUAAUGGUUAUCAACGAUUUAAACAACAGAUUACUUACCCAACUAUGAUAGGGCUGUCAAUGUAUUGCAAACAUUAUUAUCGUCUACCUGUGCUGUUGUUUGGCCAACUAAAAACUACUUACACAUUGAUGGACAUGGAUUUAAAUGACAAUAUAAUCGACAAUUUGUCGACCAAAUUCUGUACAGUCAUUGCCUUUACAACACACGGAACAGGAUGUCUGGUCGAGUAUCAAAAUUCAUUGUUUGUCAUAACCAAUGAACAUGUAGUCAAAGAUUUGUGGCACACAAUCAUACUGUGCAACAAUUCCGGCGGCGAACGCCGAUACGGCCGUAUCCUAUCUACCGAUCAUACCAUGGAUUUGGCACUUAUCUGGUUUCCGACUCAAGGUCUCCCAGUCCAGCCGUUUACUAUAGCACAGUCGGUCGAGUUUGGCGACGAAAUGCUGACACUGGGUUUCGGGCACCGGUAUCCUACAUACGAUAUGGGCGCCGGCAUUGUUACCUGUCCAGACUCUACCACCUAUACCAAUCGUCCAGAUGUACUGUACAAUAGCCAGCCGAUUACAAUGAUCGAGUCGACAGCCACACAGAGGGGUGGUUUUUCCGGCGGACCACUAGUCAACCAAAACGGACAGUUGGCCGGCAUUCUCUGUAUGUCCGCAAUGGACGGUCUACUACACUAUUCGACACCAGCCUAUUGUAUAGAAAGGUUUAUCAAAGGUGCCUUAUUUUUUGAUGAUCAGGAAUGGCAGCGCAGGGAUGCAGAACAUGGACUUAGAUUAGGACUGUGCUUACGAUGGAAUCACCAACUGAUGGGCUGUCAAAUAGUUGACAAGUUUGAGGAAACUUUUGAAAACAAUAAUCUUAAUGUCGACAAUGUUAUCAUCGAAAUCAAUGGCCAACCAUUGCCAUCGUUGGACAGUUUUAUUGUUGAACUGACUAAAUAUGAUUCAUUUACCGAUAUACCUGUCCUGAUUGCCGGUGACUUCUAUCACCGUAUUAUACGUAAUCCACGAAUUAAUAAGUCGUUUCUGUAA